AUGGACAACAUCGACGAGGAAUAUGACCGGCUCGUUGAACACCUUCACGACUGCGCGAAGAAGGCUGAGAGUUUUAAAACCACAAAGAGAUGCCUGUCUCCGUCCGAGCUCGCAAGGCUUUGCAGAGAGGCGAUAAAGGAAGACCUUAAAGAGACAAGAGCAGAAGUGCUGGCUGAAGCUGCAGAGGCGGGGAAAAGCAUUCGCUAUGCCCGUCGAGACUUCGUCAGUCGCAAGACGAGGAUGACUGCUCUCCGGAACCCAAAGGGAACAGCCAUUGCAUCGAGAGGGGGAAUGGAGAAAAUCAUCUACGACUUCUACUCUGAUCUCUUCGACAGCCAUGUCCACUUGCCUCCUCACUGUCUGAGGGAAGACGGACAAGUCAUUCCAGAAGUUCUCCCGUCCGAAAUACGACAUGCUAUCACGUCGGUAAGAAAUCGUACAGCACCCGGUCCCGACAGAAUAAGAUCAGAACACUUGAAGAACCUUCCGCCAGUACUCAUCAACACCCUGGCGAGGCUCUUUACACGUUAUCUGUCGGAAUGCAAGGUUCCUCAACAGUGGAAGACCAGCAAGACCGUGUUGUUGUAUAAAAAGCUCUUCAUCUACAAGCUCUUUGCAAGAGAUCCUUAA